AUUUGUUGUGACUGAUAGCGCCACUCGCGCUGCCACUACCGGUUGUGCGAGGGAUUCGUCAUUACGUUGGAUACUCACGUACGUGAUUUCUUGUGUCUCGCCGAGUUCUUAUCGGUCCGCUUUCUGUGAUUUUGAGUCUUUCGCCACCAUCCUAACUCGUUUUGUUUAUAGUUUUUUAGGUGCUUGCGAGCUCGUAAUUGUUAAAGACGCUUAUAUAUCGCCCUUGCGAUUGUCGCACCAUUGUGCGUUAUUGUUCAUCGCCCUUGCGAUACGCGCACUGAGAAUUAAAUUCGCACACCUUGAAGUGCUAUUCGCGCCAAAGUACGUUCUGACUGGUACAAUUGUCAUGCCAACAACUUUAUUCGCAUUUCAUUCACAUCGAACCAGUCAUCAUCAUCAGUAUCGUAUAAAUAGUUUAUCAUAUUUGUAAACAAUCUGGAUGGAAAACAAUGGAAUAUUUGCAAUUUCAACAAUUUGGUUGUACAAUUAACACCUCCUGUAUAACUAAAGACUCUGUCAAUGAAGAUAAUUAUUUAGAAAAAAUUUCAUGCAUAACUCAUCUACUAAAUUGUGAAUACACUAUUGUAAUGGAAAAAUUUAAUGUUAUGUUAGGCGUGAUUUUAGAUAAAUGCCAAGAGGAAAAAUAUAACCAUCAAAUAGACCAAUUUGGACAUUGUCUAAAUCGGAUACUUGACAUUGUUAAAAGCUCAAUAACUACGUUUUCAAAAAUGUUAGAUGCGGCAAUAUACAUUAACCAAAUAGAUUUAAGAAUAAUAAACUCUUCUUUAAUCAAUCCAAAAUGUAUUGAAAAUGAAAUUGAAUUGUUUUACAAUAAUGCAGCUUAUAUAGCUCAGGAAUAUUUUGACAGUACUAUCACACCAAAAAAACAUUACAUUUUCGAUUUUUUCGAACAAAUGAUUACAUUUCACAAGAAAGCAGAAAACAUUAUACUUUACCUGUAUACAAAUAGAAAAGUUUGUGGUCCCGAUCAUAAAAGCAAUAUUCCAACUGAUUUAAUAACAGUAUUCAAUAUAAAUCAAAUGAAUAAAUCAGUAAAUAACUCCAAUGAUUAUAUCAAUAAUAUUUAUAAUGAAGUCAGUUCUUACAUGGCUCAAGUAAUUGAAAAUAAUUUUUCAAAUCUUGGCUUUGAACAACUGAUUGGAACUAAUUAUUUCAAGUUUAUACAUUGUAUAAGUGAUGUGUAUAACAUAAAUGGUGGCAUAAAAUUAAUUGAAAAUUUAUUAUCUCAUGAUGGUUGGAAACUUUGGAAGAAUGUAGCUGUGAAAAAUAUCUUGAGUAAUUGGAAUAUAAUAAGUAUUGAUGAUUUAAUUGUUCCGAUUGAUAAAGUUAAUUAUAAUUUCAUACGUACUUCUAUUACAAACAUUGUAAGAUGUCGCUAUAUUGAUAUAUUUCAGUAUUUUAUUAAUAUGUUGGAUGGUAUUAAUAAAGUUUGUGUAUAUGAAAAUAAAAAUAGCUGUGCAACUUCAAUUUUCGAUACUAUGGUAAAAUCUGAUGAAAUGUUUAAAAAUAUGUUAUUUGCUUUAACGACACUGAGACAUACGAUACAGAGUAAAGCAAAACGAAAUACCGUAUCACGUAUAGAGUUGCAAAUAGAAUUUUGUAGAAAUUUUAUAUAUGACAUGAGAAGAAUGUAUCAAUCUUCAAGUGUAUUCGUAAACCAAGAAUAUUAUGACUCAACAGAAUUUCUCAAUAACAUAAUAACUUUACCACAGACAGUUUUAUCAAUUAAAAAUGCUAAGACAAAUGUUUUUUAUUCAAAGUACUGUGAAAUUGACGAGAAAUCUGAUUUGAAGAAUUUAAUGAUAGAGUUUAAAAACUUAAUUAAUGUUAAUAAUAUAACGGAGUACACUAAUAUUCAUAAAACCAUGUAUGAGUUUUUUAAUGUGUUUAUUGAGAAGAUUAACAAAGAAAAUUAUGAGAAUUUAGGUUUUAAUGAAAUAACUAAAAUAUAAAUUUUUUUUUUUUUAAUUAUAUAAAACAGACAUUUACUUAUUUGUUACAAUUUAAAAUAUACGAAUUUAACUAAGUAUUAUUUUAUAAUUGACUUUAAUGUAUUGGAAAACCAUAAAACUCGUUAAAUAACUGGAUUAUUCAAAGGUGUUGAAAACAUAUUUUCCAUAGAAAACACAUUCUCAUAAAUAAAAUUAGUUUUUUUUUAAUUCCGGUAAUACAAAAAGUUAAAGAGUAUGGGAAAUUUUAGAAUCGAAACAACAUAUUUUUAGUAUUUAAGAAAGUUUUGUUAUUUUACUAUUAUAACAAUAAACAUAA